GUACCCGCUGCAAACAUGGUGACGGUGGUCAACUCGAAAGCAGACGUCCUCAAGGCUUCCCAGGCUCUGGCCGUCAACCUCAAUGCAGCGAAAGGGCUGCAAGAGGUGAUGAAGUCCAACCUCGGACCCCGAGGGACGCUGAAGAUGUUGGUGGGCGGCGCUGGACAGAUCAAGAUCACCAAGGAUGGGUCAGUUCUGCUCGGCGAGAUGCAAAUUCAGCAUCCGACGGCCUCCAUGAUCGCCAGAGCUGCGAGUGCUCAGGACGAGUUCACCGGUGACGGAACGACCUCUAGUGUGAUGUUCAUCGGCGAGCUGAUGAAACUGGCUGAACAGAGCCUGGCUGAAGGACUCCACCCGAGGCUCAUCGCAGAGGGCUUCGAGCUGGCCCGUGAGGAGACAGUGAAGUUUCUGGACUCCUUCAAGGUCCACAUGGAUGAACCUCUCAGCGAUCGGGAGAAGCUCGUCUGCGUAGCGAGAACCUCCCUGAGGACAAAGAUCGUCCCGGCCCUCGCAGAUCCCAUGGCGGAGGUUGUGGUCGAUUCUGUGCGCAUGAUCAAGAAGCAGGGAUCCCCGCUGGAUCUCAACAUGGUGGAGAUUCUUCACAUGAAGAACAAGCUCAUAACGGAGACCCGGCUCAUCAAGGGCCUCGUUUUGGACCACGGCGCCCGACAUCCGGACAUGCCAAAGAAGCUGGAGAACUGUUACAUUCUGACAUGCAAUGUUUCCCUGGAGUACGAGAAGAGCGAGGUGAACGCCGGCUUCUUCUACAGCAGCUCAGAGCAGCGUGAGAAGUUGGUCGAUUCUGAGCGGAAGUUCACCGACGAGAAGGUGAAGAAAAUCAUCGAGCUGAAGCGGAAAGUCUGCACCGAGGAGAACGGCAGGACUUUCGUCGUCAUCAACCAGAAGGGAAUUGAUCCGCCUUCCCUCGAGAUGCUGGCUCGGGAGGCCACGGCUCCAGCAAUGACCCGCACCUCGCCCAAGCGAUCCGUGGCCGCGCUGGCAAUCCUGGCGGCUGCCCUUUGGAGCCUUGCCCCUGGCCAGUCGUACACCGCGCCAGCAGGGGGCGGCCUCAACCGGAAGCAGAUGCACGGCAACAUUCGAAACAAGGACAAGUUGGGGGGCGUGGUCGAGAUUCCCGUGGAGGAGGAGGAGGAAGAGGUUGAGGCGAAGCCAGAGAUGCCCGAGAAGCGGGUGCCCUACUCCAUGCACAUCGUCACCCAGCUCCCGCAGCACAAGCACCUCCACGAGGAGAGCAAUGCGAGGAAGUUCAUCGAGGACAAGCUGGUGGGUGCCUUUGAGAACUUCGAGGACCUGAUCCGGCACGUGGAGGUGCAUUUGCAGGUGUCCCCACACUUCCACCGCGAGAAGCGCCCGGACAAGGUGCCGAAGACCACGAUGACGGUGGACGAGGAGGGCGAUGAGGUUCCCAUGGAGGUCCAGCAGGAAGCUGGGCACAAGAUGCUGACCCCGUUCAUCGUGAAGGCUACCCUGACCUUGGCCAACCACCACAAGGUGGCCUUGACGAACCCGGAGAAGCACGCUCAGCCGAGCCUGACCGAGGCAGUUGAUCACAUGACCGACGUCCUGCGACACUCCUUGAGGGAGGAGAAGAACCGGAUGAUUUCUUCCAAGAGGAAGGCCCAGGAGAAUGCUUUGGCCGACGACAUGGACGGCAUGCUUGACGAUGACUACAACUUGGCCAUUGCCAACGACAUGGCCGAAAGCAGCCCCGAGGAGAACGCUAGGAUGGAGGCACUGUAUGAGCGCAUCGAGGCUGCGUCCUAG